AUGCAUUACAAGGAUCUAGAUAUUGAGUCAUUUGUUGAUCACUGGUAUAAGAAGGAAACAUAUUUGAAGGCCUACAGUAGGUUCAUUCAACCUAUGACAAACAUGAAGAUGUGGCCCAAGAGCACAAGGCCAUCCAUUGAGCCACUUGAAAUCACUCAUAUGCCAGGAAGACCAAGGAAAAAAAGGAAUUUUGGACAUAACAAGAAAAGAUGUCCAAUUGCUAAAAAUGGCUAUACUACUGGAACUGCAAGAACUGCUACAGGUGGAAGUGGUGGUGCAACUACUUCAGCUGCUUCUACAGGCGUAACUGGUGGGGCUACUGGUGGUGCAACUACUAAAAGACCAACCACUACUUCAGCAACUUCUGGAGGUGCAACUACUGGUGGAAAUGGUGGUGCAACUACUUCAGCAGCUUCUAUAGGUGUAACUACUGGUGGAAGUGGUGGUGCAACUACUAAAAGACCAACCACUACUUCAGCAGCUUCUGGAGGUGCAACUACUGCUGCAACAACUACUGGUGGACGUGCUGCAAAUAUUUCUUUAAAUUUUGCAAGUGUUGCUCAACCAACAAGUCAAUUUAGUACUCAACAGUCAACUACUAGUGCUAGUGGCUCAAAUAAGAGUAGCAAAGUUAAAAGAGGUGGUGCAAAUCCCGGAUAUAAGAGGCCAAGAACAGAGAAGCCAAGAACAGCUGGUUUUGGUGUGCUAUUUGGAGCAAAUGGUAGUGUGAUUGAAAGGUCUGCAACUACUGAUAAAGUGUUACAUUGUGCACCAUUGAAGAGUUCAGUGCCUACCAAUAUCGAUCUUGGUUACAAACCCAAUGGACUAAGGUGGAAGGGUGGAGCUGCAGUUACUCAAAGGCAGCUACAAGAACAAAGUUACAAGCGAGCCACUCAGUCCACACCAAGCACUCAAGAUACAUAA